AUGCAGUGCCGCGGUAUUGUCCUGUUGUGUUUUUGUGUGCUCUCCGCUUCUGCUGACACCUUCGGAGCCAGUCUGAGGCUUUUGGGCAAGGUGUACGAUAACUGCGAAAAAUCUCAGGAGAUUGUUAAGUGCUUGAAGAUACAGGCCGUGAAAUUAGCAGAUAGAGCAGCCCGGAUGGACUCUUUACCGCUUCUGGAUGGGCUCUCUUUAGUGAAGAAACCUGAUGCAGCAAGAUCAUCCCCUAAUGCCAUUCCAGAUGAUGAAGAUCUAUACGCGUUAUCAUCUGAUAAGCUUGAUAAAUAUUUGCAGUUGGCAACCACUAAGUUGAUGCAAACUCAUCGUGUCUAUAUAUCUCCUAUGGAGGUAGGUGAAGAUAUAGGACGGUCCAUGAAUGAGGCUAGAAGUAAGCUGAAGAAAAUGAUGGGACCUAUACUCGCUGGUCUGGCGAUUAAGGGUGGAUUUUUAGCUAUUGCAUUCCAAGCAAUUGCGAUGAUCGCUGGCAAGGCUUUGCUUAUUGGUAAAAUAGCUCUUCUGUUGUCUGCAAUUAUCGGAUUGAAGAAACUUGUUGCUGGUGGCGAGUCACACGAGAAAACUACUUAUGAGAUUGUAAAGCAUCCUCAGGUUUCCCAAAGUCACACGUAUACAUCAUCCCAUUACGGCAAUGAUUUUGACACCACAGGACCUGGUGGUCACUACAGAAGGAGUGUAGAAGAAGAAGCAGCUGCUCAGGAUAGGGCAUAUAAGGCCUAUGCAAAGAAACAGUAG